UAAGGGAGACGAAUCGGUACGAGAAAAGAAAAUAAAGCUAAAAAAAGAACAAGAGUCUUAAAAUUCGGUGGAGACAGGGCACAGGAGGAGGACGACGGGGAAGGGCCACGGGAGCGGCCUUCGUAUAUAAGGAGGGACGCUGGCCGUUUCCUCGAGUAUCUCUGGAGAGGGACACGAACGGGAACCGACAGCAGAGCCCCUCCUGGGAUCACUCGAAUUAGGAGACGAACAACAUCAGGGAGAAGAAGGACGAGGACGAGGACAAAUCAUGACGAUGGAGACCGGCGACCGCGGGCGGGUCUACGGCGAGGAAGAGCUCGGUGUCGAGGUCCCUGAAACCGCUCAUCAGAUUAGCCGCGACUCAUGGCUUCAAGUGACUUUCAUCCUCUGCACGGGAGUGAACAGCGUGUUCGUCCUCGGAUAUUCUGGGACAAUCAUGGUCCCUCUCGGGUGGGUUGGGGGUGUUGUUGGACUGCUUCUUUCAGCAGCCAUCUCGACCUACGCCAGUACGCUCCUGGCGAAACUUCACGUCUUAGAUGGAAAGAGGCAUAUCAGAUACAGGGAUCUCGCAGGACACAUAUACGGCAGGAGAGCUUAUUGUCUGACAUGGGGGUUGCAGUAUGUUAAUCUUUUCAUGAUCAACACAGGCUACCUUAUUUUGGCCGGUUCUGCUCUGAAGGCAGCUUAUACUCUUCAUCAGGAUGACCAUACCUUGAAGCUCCCCUACUGCAUAGCAAUCACUGGAUUCGUAUGUGCACUGUUUGCGAUCGGGAUACCUCAUUUGUCGGCCCUGAGGAUUUGGCUUGGAUUCUCGACAAUUUUGGCUUUGUUCUAUCUUGUUACAGCUUUAGUCCUGUCCUUAAAAGAUGGAAUCAAUGCUCCCCCGAGGGACUAUAGUAUCCCGGAAACAGGCGCAAACAAGAUCUUCACGAUAAUAGGUGCCUCUGCAAAUCUCGUAUUUGCAUACAAUACUGGAAUGAUCCCUGAGAUCCAGGCAACAAUUAGGCAACCUGUUGUGAAGAACAUGCUGAAGGCUCUCUACUUCCAAUUCACAAUCGGGUUACUGCCUCUGCUUUCAGUUGUUUUUGUAGGCUAUUGGGCUUACGGGUCUUCGAGCUCGUCCUAUCUCCUUAACAACGUCAACGGACCUGUUUGGCUCAAAAUGGCUGCAAGUAUUGCAGCCUUCCUGCAAAGUGUCUUCGCCUUACAUAUAUUCGCAAGCCCGAUGUAUGAGUACAUGGACACGAGGUACGGGAUCAAAGGGAGUGCUUUGAAGCCGAAGAACCUCUCAUUCAGGAUCCUCUUCAGGGGCGGAUACCUCACGAUCAACACCCUCGUGGCGGCCCUCCUUCCCUUCCUUGGGGAUAUUCAGAGCCUCACGGGAGCACUCAGCACGUUCCCGCUCACCUUCAUACUCGCAAACCACAUGUACCUCAGGGCGAAGGACAAGCAGCUUAGCUCUCUACAGACGUUGUGGCAUUGGCUCAAUGUCUGCUUCUUCGGGGCCAUGUCCGUUGCUGCUGCGAUCGCCGCGAUUAGGCUCAUUAUCGUGGACUCAAAGACAUACAAUCUCUUUGCCGAUAUGUGAUGAUUUUUUUUUCCUUUAUUUUUUUUCCUAAUUAUUAAAUUUCCCGCGAGGAAGAUAUUAUUUUCUAGCGGGUCGGACAGAAUUUUAUUUGUCUGGAAGUUAGCUUGAAAAUUACUCGGAAACAGAAGAAAAGUUGGCCAUGUUACAUGUUCAACUUGAAUGUAUUGUAGUUUCAACUUUGUUGGCGUGGAAUUAUACACUGAAAUCUAUGUUUAGUUGAAAAUAAUGUUUCAUAGUU